GUAAUGUAACACAUGAGGAUUAUUAUGACAAUAUAGACAUGUCUUAACACUAUGCUAUACAACACGUCGUCAUUUUUCGUUUCAUUAGCUUUGCUAAGUUUAUCCAUCAUUCUCAUAAAAAUAUGGCAUCAUCAUACCAAAAAGCAAAUUGACCAAUUGUCUCAUAAAAAGGAUGGCAAAAUUUGCCAACCUGGGCUUGAUGUCAAACCUCUUGACAAGUUCGAUUGGGAGACAACAGAGCCACAGAAGUUUCGCCCAUUCAAGCCGAUCUACCAUAUAACGAUGGCACUGAAGUCAACGUCUCCGUCAGAUCUCAUAAUUAUUGAUCGUAAUUAUUUGUCCCGCAUACAAGAGCGACGACUCAUAAUGACUAAACAUCAAAAUCACACGCUGGGUUGUCUGCCUUCUGGUGUUCAGGCUGUGAAGGAGGCAUAUUCAUAUCUUUUAGAGUACCUCUUAAUUAGAUAUCCAACGCUCUUCGGACGGGAUGAAAAACUUUUCCGCAAUCGAGUUACUGGUGUUUCUCUUCCGCUUCUACCCCCCGACGACCCAAUAAUUGCGUUGCGGAGCCUUGGUGAAACCGUUGAAGAUGAUAUGUUCUUUCUACGCGAGACGCCAGAUGGGCAUGAAUGUGUUGGCUUUGUAUGUUGUUGCCCGAGUGGCUUUGAUCCGGCCACCAAGAUGGGAAAGCUACUGAAGGACAUACAUCAACCAGUUCCGUCAUACGAAAAGAUCGGUCUGAGUAUGGAAAGAUAUUUUAGCCGCCUGGAAGUUGGUAAAAGCGCUUGCCGGGUCAACUGGUCAAUAACAACUAAUCCUGAGUUAUUCAAUGUUGCCGGCAAUCACGUCAAUGAAGGAGACCAAGUCGAAGAAGAUAUGGAAGUAGAUAUCGAAGAGACUCGGGUAAGAAUGGAGUUACAAACGUUGACACGGAUGCCCAAGACGCGAGCGAUACUUUUCUCCUUUAAAACGUACUUGUACCCUAUCAAAGAGAUUAAGGAAGAGGGGCUUGGACCAGAUCUUGCUGAUGCUAUCGAUGGGUUGAGGAGCGGUAAUGCUCCUGGAAUGUGGAUGUACAAAGGAGGGGUACGUUGGGGGAGAAGUGUUUCUGAAUAUUUGAGAUGGUAAUCAUUGACGUUAUAGUCUUGUAAGGUAUAGUUAAUACAUACCUUACAUAGUAAGUGAAUUGAAUGGAUUUUACCUGUAGUUUAGGUACCUAGGUACCUAUGUAGGUCAGGUUAGGUUAGGCUAGGUAAGGUUAGGUACUUUGUUAUGUGUUUUGUAUGUGAGCUAGAAUAGAAGAAUAGGGGUUUGUAGGCUACCUACACUCAGCUCCAAUGAACUGUUGGCCGCUAGGUACAUGUAACUACAAAGCAAUGGAAAUCAAAUAGGUGACAGGCAG